UAUAUAGGUGUGCGUAAUAAACACAGAAAGAGAUCAAACACAAUCUCGGAGAAACUUAAAAAAAAAAAGUGAAAGAGGAUGGAGAAACAGUUACAUGAAUCCGUGGAGGCUGCUCACAUUGAACAAGCCAUAAGAACACAAGAGUUUUCGCCGAAAAAGGCAAAGGAAAAAACCCAUAAGCAUAGAGGAAUAUUUCAUCUUCACCACCACUCAAAAGAUGAGAAAGAAGAAGAGAAGAAGAAAGAAGGAUCAAAGAGAGAGAAGAUAUCUGCAGCAAUGGUUGGUCUCGGAGCCACCCUCAAGAAGAUUAAGCAUCCACGAGACCACGGGGGCGGCGCAAAAGAGGAACAAGAAGGAGGAGGAGAAGGAGAAGAGGAGGAAAGAGAAGAAGAUGAGUCUUCGGAAGAGGAAGAAGAAGAAGGAGAUGACGUUCGAGAUGAAGAAGAGGGAGGCAAGUUUAGUGCUUUCAUCACAAUGAUCGCCGAAGCGUUUGAAGAAUGAAAAUUUAAUUUGUGAUCACUUUGUUAUCUAUUUUUUGAAAUUUGCUAUUAAAUUCAUUCGUAAAUGCUUCUCUUCUUUCCAAAAAUUGAAAUGGGACGUUCAAUUAUAUUAAAACAUGGAGUUCUAGUCCUGUCUUCUUCUUUUUUUUUUUAUGUGGGAAUAUUGGAAAUAUAGUAUAAAUAAACGACUGAUUCGCCA